AUGGAUGGUAUAAAACAAAAUAUUUUUGAAUCAUUAAACUGCAUUAAUUCAUCUGUAUCCUCUGAAAAUGAUAAAAAAGUUGCAUUAAAUUAUCUAGAAGGUGUUCAAAAAGAACAUGUGUCCUGGAGGAUAAUGUUAGAAAUGCUAAAUACCAGCAAGGGUGACAAAAAAGAAAACACCAGUGAUUCUAGUAUGCUUAUAUUUGCAGCACAAACAUUAAGAAAUAAAAUCACAUAUGACUUAAACCAAUUAGAACCAAACGAAAUGGAGGAAAUAAAAUACGCCUUGUUAAACCUGGUUUCCCACUCAACUUUCAACAAAGUGGUCAUGAUUCAAUUAUAUGUUUCUUUAGCCAAAUUUGCUAUCCAGUACGUGACAUGGAAAAAACCUGUUCAAGAAAUAAUUACAAAUCUUCUAAAUGAACCCGACAGAUUAUUAGAAUUUUUAAAGAUUUUGCCAGAGGAAACUUUGGAUAUGAAAGGCAUAACUUUAACCGAGGAUGAAUUCACUUCGAGAAUACAUGAGUUGAUUUCUGCCAUUUCGAUUAAUGUUUUACAAUUUUUAAUUGACUGCUCUUCCAACGGUGUCUCGCCAAAAUUGGUUUUAAGUUGUUUGAGUACAUGGUCAGGCGAAUUUCCUAUUGAACAAUUAAUCACUGUGGAGCCAUUGAUGAAUUUGAUUUUCCAAACUUUGUACAAUAAUUAUGAGUCUGAUAAUGAUAGUUUUGAAGGCGCCAUUACUUGUUUAAUUUUUAUUUUGAGAGAAACUAGAGAUAUUCCAAACCAGGAUAUGAUCAUGUCUUUAUACAACAAUCUAAUUCAACUAAAUAAUGCAUUGUUAUCAGUUCCUGCCAACAGGGUUGAUCCUGACAUUUUGGAUGCAAUGACCAGAGUUUUUGUAGAGGCUGGGGAAGCGUGGUGUGUUUUUAUUGCCAAAACCCCAAAUGUUUUUAGACCCUUGGUUGAGGUUUUACUGUUUCUAACAUGUUCUUCUGAUCAAGAUUUGGAUAUUGUUAAAUAUGUGUUCCCAUUUUGGUUUGAUUUGAAGCAAUUUUUGGUGCUACCACGUUAUUCUUCUCAAAAAAAGGAAUAUAUGGAUAUUUAUCAAAAAUUAUUAACUGGUAUCAUAGAACAUUUGAAAUAUCCAGAAGAUAAAUUUGAUUCCAAAGAGGAAGAGGAUAAAUUUAAAGAUUUUAGGUACGAUAUGGGCGAUGUGUUGAAAGAUUGCACGGCUGUGGUUGGUCCGCUUGUCGCUCUUACUCAACCUUUGGAAAUUUUGAAGCAUUUCAAGCAUUGGCAGAGUGUUGAGGCUGCUUUAUUUGCUUUAAGAACCAUGGCUCACGAGGUUCCUAGAAGCGAAAACCAAGUAUUGCCACAAAUCAUCCCAUUUCUAUGUUCUGACGAAAAUAAUACCCAAUUAUUGCCUGACCAUCAAAAGGUUAAAUAUUCUAUAAUUUUAGUGUUGGGUCGAUAUACUGAAUGGACUAAUAAUCAUCCGAAAUUUUUGGGAAUGCAAUUGAGCUAUAUAUAUAGGACAUUUGAUUCAUGCGCCAAUGAUCCUGAUAUUUUAAAUGCUUCUUCCCAUGCAUUAAUGUUCUUUUGUCAAGAUUGUAAAGAAUUGCUAAGUCCUCAUAUAAAUGACUUGAUGGAUUUAUAUUACAAAGUUUCUCCACUAAUUGAUGUAGAAUCUAAUUUUGAAAUUUGUCAAGGUUUGAGCUCGGUUAUUAACCAGUUGCCUGUGGAGCAAUUGACAGAGAACUUGGCCAUAUUUUUAUCUAAAUUUUUGCCACCAUUUAACGAGAUGUGUAACGCUAAUGAAAUUACUUCUGAUUUAUCCAACAAAAUUGCCGAUCAAAUGGAUUUGCUAUACGGUAUUUUUUCUGAGAUUUAUCCAAGAUCAGAAGCAACCGAUACCAAAACCACAGACCCAGUCGUUGUUAUAGUUCAACAGCUGUGGGAAGGUAGUUUAAAAUCUAUUUUUACCAAAUUCAUCAACAAUUCCGUAGUUAUGGAGCGUGGAAUGAAAUUGACUAGACAGUUGUUUUCAAACUUGAAUUGCUUUAUGGAGCCAUUGUUGCCAAGCAUUGUAGAGUUCAUAGCACAUGGGUUUUCCACUACUGGCUUGAGCUGUUAUUUAUGGUGUUCUGGGUCUAUUAUUGCUAUUUUUGGUGAUACGGAUUCAUACCCGACGAUUUCUCCUCAGGUGAAAAGCGCUGUCUGGGAAUUUGCCUGUCAGCAGUGCAUUACAUUUAUGAAUAACUUUAACAAAAUUCCAUUGGACAUACAAAACGAUGGCAAUGCUGAUAGCGACAAAAUAAUUUUGCAAUACUCUGAUAUGAUAUAUGAUUUUUUCCUGAUGGUUAGCGACGCAUUAAUGUUUUAUCCAGAAGAGUUCAUUAAUAGUUAUGGAUUGAUGGACCAGAUUGUAGAGAUUAUUUUAAAGACAUGCACUGUGUUGAAUGAUUCUGAAACAUGUGGGUUGGUAAUACGUUGUUUAGAUGAUAUUAUUUUAUGGGGGUUUAAUACCCCACCUAUUUCUUCCUUAACAAUUAAGACAACACCACCACAAUGGAAGGAGAAAGUAUUGACAACAUUUAUUAACAAGGGACCGCAAUUGGUUAAUAUCUUAAUUAAUGGUUUAAUUUUUAAAUUUAGUAAAGAUGAAUCAAUUGAAGUUACCAAUUGUUUAAGUGAUUUUAUCAAAUUAAUACAUUCUAGUGGUAAUGAAAAGUAUUAUAGUUUGUUAUUAGAAUGGUUUAGUAAAUUGAUGGAUCGAUUGAAAUAUCCUGUUGAUCCUCAGCAGAAGGCUAUCUUUUUAGAUAAUAUAUCUAAAAGUAUAAAAUAUGCUGAUUUUAGGAAAUUAAAAUCCAGUAUUUAUGAUUUUACUAAUUGGUACAGAAGAAAAUGGGUUUCGUCUAGAUUAUACAACAAUUAA